UUUUAUCUAUAGCCGUGCUAUGCAUAUUUAAAAAAAAUUUAAUUUCGUGCAUCUAUUUGCGACGGGGAUUCCUGAGCAUUACAUUUUCAUGCGGGAAAGUUUUGAGAAAUUCUUCGCUGCGAAAUUAUAUAUGCCUCUCCGUCUCGAAAUAUACAUACGGUCUCGUAUAAAGGUCGGAGUUUUUAUGACGCGUCGUGAGCGAAGAUACGCGCUUAAGGGUUAAUAGGUCGCGCCGAGAUUAGCGGGCCGAGCCCCUUGCUCGACAUGCGAGAGUAAAUAAGAGAAUCGAACACCCCUGCACCUGUCGUUGCACAAGUCGAGCUGCGCCAACAGGUGCAUAUGCGCAGACGCACAUCAUCUUCCGCGACUUUCUUCCGCUUCCCUUGCUCCUUCGCUCUUCUGGCGAUCACGGAUGCAAUCGGAAAGACGAUUAAUCGGUGCAUAUACGCGAUAAUAUAUAUAUAUUUAAUUCAACUGUCCGCGUGAGGGUAAGACGGACAUAUUAUCCCGGUGCAGAAGGCAUUUAUUGUUCGCCGCGAUAUUAUUUCAUACAACGACCGAUUGUUCUUAUCGUCUCUUUCGUCGCGCAAGGAAACUAUGCCAUAAAAUUCAAUAAAACUUGGCGUCGCUCGCAUGCGCGCCAACCCGUUAUAUAUAAUCUGGGAUUAUUUUUUUAAUCCUCCCCUCUCCUCCCUUCACUCGAGUCCCUUUGCGGUAGCGAAAAAGAAAACGAAAUAUGUAUGUACAUACGUAACGCAAAGCGCAGAAUAAAAGAGCUGCGGAUAAAACAGCUGUAGAUCGAUUCAUCGAUAGAAGAGUAAUAUAUGUUAAAUCUGUUGGUCUCAUUAUAGUCAUGAAAAAAGUUAAGAAAGUUCAUUAUUCCCUCAAAAAAUCUUACACAAUUCUAAACUACUUAGAUUUUUUUUGCCGAAGAAAAUUGCGAAGCGAAAAGAAAAUACAAAACAGCAAGCGAGCGAUGAAAAUUUAAAAAGCUUCUUCCAACUUGAAAAUUGUUCGCCGUCAUCCCUGAUGUCGGAAAAGCAAAGCAAAAAAAAAAAAAACGGGGAAAUAGGCGUUUUGCGAAUAAUAAGCGUACUCGAACAGUCGGCGCAGAGAUUUACGAUUCGAUUUUUCCGAAACUCAAUUCCCUCGAAAAUCGGAUAUUCAUCUCCGCAGGACGGCGGGCGUAACAAUCAUCGCGAAACGCUCAGCUGUCAGCUGUUAGCUGCUACCAAUUGACAAUCAUGCAGCGCGUCGUGUUCCCUCCCAGCAGCGGGUGCAUACACACAUACAUACCAACCCCUUUCCCUACUACCCCACGUUGCGGGAAUUACUACCGGCUAUAUCCCAGCGCCAUCCACCCUCUCUCUUCGUGGCACAUCCCUCCUUCUCUCGUUCCUGCAAUCCCCCUUCGACCACCACAAGCACCGUGGUAUUGAUUCCCCUCGCGGUAGCAGCACCUCUUCCCUGUUCUCCAGCGGCAGUCCGGAGCGAAGCGCGUUCGCGGCUGCGGACUUGGUGACACACUCGCUCGUAAGAGAAGGAGAGAGAGAGAGAGAGAGAGAGGGAAAAAGGAGAAAGAAAAAAACAAUAAAGAAGAAGCAUCUUAUUCGCGACGUUCGUUUUCCGCGUCUUCAAAGGAGAAUAUAGAGAAAUUCCGCGAGGAUGACGAGAACCCUCGGCGACCCCGACGAGUGCAGCCGGGACCAUCGAUCGACGGACGCUCGUUAGACGCUUGCUAGAGCCUCGACCUCGUGGAGAACCGACGGCACGACGCAGCUUCUUCUUCUCCCUGUCUCGCAGCAUCCGAAACGCAUCACCGAGCCGGGCGCGCUCGAAGGGUGAAAAAGAGGGAGAGAAAACGGCGCCGUCGACGCGCCGAUGCGCGGGCGCCGGAAGUCGUCGGGCCGCGCGCGACACAUCCCCGGACGACACGUCGCCAACGUCUGUCGGAGGACGACUCGCCGGAGGACGCGGUCUUGAUAAACGAUCCAUCCGAUUCUCGUCGACGCUCUUCGAGCAGCCUGGUGCAACCUGUCGCGCGCGAGACUAGAAAUGUUGUUGAAGCAAUACAUGUUGAUGUUGAUGUAUGCGUGAACCGGAAGUGCGGAGGUGUACCCGAUAAAUUCGACUGUCUCUCUCCCUCCGAUUUCUUGAAAUUGCGCAAUAAUUGCGCGUAGAUAUAGCGAAAGGGUUGUUCCCGCGGGAUAUGUCAUCGGGAUUGACGAGGAAUUCUUGAGUCGCGACGCGGCUCGCAAAUUAGAUUACGAGGCAUCGAUCUCGCAGUUGACGAGAUUCGAUCUCGCACGUGCGUGCGGCGCGUGCAUCUCGACGAUGGCAACAUCAGUCACUGAGUACCUGGACUCUCUCCUUUUCUUACGAUCAGUCCGAGAUUGAUUUCCGCCGCGCGGGAUGAUUUCCGGAGACUCGGGAAUAGGUCAGUCGCGAUUGGCAAAUGACUGACUCCAGUUUACUCCGGAUACGUUAAAGGGGAGGACACUUUAUUGAAAUAUCGCGCGAAGAAUUAAUAUUGUAUACUUGUGAACAAGAGAGAGGAAAUAGAAAAUCAAAAAGUGUGAAUAAAUAUAUCGAGAGGGAAGAAGCCGAAGAAGAUCAGCUAGAUAUCCAAGUAAUAUAUUCUGGAUGGAUGUUGGAGAUUAGAUAAGGAGCGGGGCAAAAGAGGGUAACGCUUUACAGCGCAUUUUUCCACGAGAGAGGAGAAAAUCGAUGCUUUGAGAGGACAUCUAUAGCAAUGUGUGGGAAAGAAGGAAAAUCAGCUGGAGAGGAGCGAGAAAUCAACGUUUAGAGAAGAUAUCUAUAUGUAUAUUUAAACAGAGCAAGAGAGUAUUUUUCUAUGGCGAGUUCGUUUCUAUAUUAUACGAUAUAGAGAGAGAUAACAAAAAUAUCUUAUAUAUUAUCAAUUCCCCUCUUCUCCCUCUUCGCCAAAAAGGCGGGAGUUAAAGUGGCGUCGUCUACGAUCAUCCAGUAUCGUCGAGUUCUGCCAGUUGUGCGCUUCUCGGAUGAGCAAGAAUUCUUGGCAAAUUCUCUUAGAAUAUUCUAUAGAAUAUUAAUAGAAAAUUCUUCUGCGUAUAAGUACCUGCGGACACUUGCGGCGAUUCCUCUCGUCGCUCUCAUGCUUCUACGUGCGUCAUAACUUUGGAGAUUCUUGAGAUAAUUAGAUUGUAGUCUCGUAAAGUUAACGUUAAGGAACUUGACGCAUUUCCCUCUUAAGAAGGGGCUGCAGUUGAUUUUAAUAGUGCAAAAGACGUUUGCCUUAAAAUAGAGGACUUUAUUGAUAACUCGAGGAAAUCGAUUUCCCUCGAGUUCGAAAUAGACUCGUCGUAAAUUUGAUGAACCCGAAUACAUACACGUGAUGAAACAGCUGUUCUGUCGUCGUCCAAUUUUUGCCCCUCAUGGUAAUUCGAUGAUGCGUCGUGUCGUGAGGCGCGUUCAACGUUUAUAGGAUCAUUAAUAUUUCAUCCUACGUAUUCGUAAUCGAGACGCGCUCGAUAAAUUGAGAACCGAACAGCUGGUUGUGUACAUACAAUCGUGACAUCGAGGAUUUCAAUUUCGAGGAUCUCGCGGUUAAGAACCGUAAGAAGUACAAAGCAUUUCCGAAGCGAUACCAUCGAGCUUAUUAUAUCGCGACAAUCGAUCGUAAAAAAAAAAAAAAAAAAAAAACAUCUCACCAAGCCACGUGGGUGAGCCUUCUGCCGUCCGCGAGACAAUAAAAUAAUGCCAUCGGAAAAGGAAGGAAACACCGUGGUCACACAAUGGCAGUUUCGCCCCGUCAUCGGGAAGCCGAGGAUCCCGUCCAACAGUCCUCUCUUCCCUAGAAAUCGUCCGAUCUCGGGCGAUUUCAAAGUCUCUUCCUCGACUCAAAAGUCACCGUUGGCGGACGAAUAAUGGUAGAGCCGAGAUGGUCGAUCAAGUGUACGAAUAGUACCCUGGACCUGCUGGAUCCGAGCGACGAUAGUUACACGGACCUGAAGACGCAGCAUCGGCGACGUUGCUGGAAGUACUUUUGCUGGUGUCGCAGACACACGAUAAGCGUGAUAUGCAUUAACGAGACGCGCAAAUUGUAUUGGUUCAACUGCCGGAACGUCCAGGAGAAGGUCACGUACGGCUCGGGCGAGGGCUAUUAUCACAAGCUACUGCGUUUGGUGAACGGCGCUUUGAGCACCUGGGCGCAACGUUACAUCGACGGCCUAAGCGUGGCGCGUCGCGAAAUUAUGUUGAGGAUCAACGGUAGCGCGGACAACAACAUGAGGCUGCUCAAGGAGGGCUGUUACUGCCACUACCAUCCGCACAUGACGGCGGACGCGUGCAACGCCGAUUUUCUCAGAAGAGUCGUAAGUUUCUGGGCCGGCGAGAGCCUCAGGGGAAUACGCGAGAGGCUCCGCGGCAUGACGAAUAUUACAAAAAAGGUAGAGGACAUGAAUCGCGAAUCUUACAUUUUUUCUCUAUUUUCUUGUGAACGAAUGUUUCUCUCUUGAUAUAUUCGGAUUUAUAUAUAUAUAUAUAUAUAUUAUGUAUUUUGUUCCCGAUCAUAUAUAUUUCCCUGCCUAUAUAUGAGACGAUCGCACCUUGAGAGGAUAUAUGCC